AUGGCUUCAGGAAGCCCUAGCAUGAAUUCCUCAUCCUUCCUGCUUACAGGAUUCUCUGGUCUGGAGCAGCAAUAUCACUGGAUCUCCAUUCCCUUCUCCGCCAUCUAUGCCAUAGUGCUUCUGGGAAACUGCCUGGUGCUGCACGUGAUCCGGACCGAGCCGAGCCUGCACCAGCCCAUGUUCUACUUCCUGGCCAUGCUGGCCCUCACUGACCUGUGCAUGGGGCUGUCCACAGUGCACACAGUGCUGGGGGUCCUGUGGGGGCUCAGCCAGGAAGUCAGCCUGGAUGCCUGCAUCGCACAGACUUAUUUCAUCCAUGGUUUGUCCUUCAUGGAGUCCUCUGUCCUCCUUGCGAUGGCCUUUGACCGCUACAUUGCCAUUUGUCACCCACUACACUACUCCUCCAACAAAAUCAUGAAAAUCGGGAUGGCAAUCUUAUGUAGGAGUACUUUACUCAUAUCUCCCGCCAUCAUCCUCCUAAAGUUCUUAAAUUAUUGCCGUCCCCACAUCCUCUCCCACUCUUUCUGCCUGCACCAGGACCUUCUCCGCCUAGCCUGCUCAGACAUUCGAUUCAAUAGCUCCUAUGCCCUGAUGCUGGUCAUUUGCACAGUAUUGUUGGAUGCUCUUCUUAUUUUUUUCUCCUAUGUCCUGAUUCUUAAGUCAGUCCUGGCAAUUGCCUCUCAAGAGGAACGGUAUAAAUCAUUUCAGACAUGCAUCUCCCAUACCUGUGCUGUCCUCGUGUUCUACAACCCCAUCGUUAGCUUAACUAUGGUGCACCGUUUUGGGAAGCAUCUCUCCCCCAUGGCCCAUGGUCUCAUGGGCAACAUCUAUAUCCUUGUCCUACCCUUAAUGAACCCCAUCAUCUGCAGUGUCAAGACUCAAAAGAUUCGUAGCAGAAUGCUCAGAGUUUUUUCUCUGAAAAUAUAG